UUGAACCUUGCAGACCUUACACAGAGUGAGCUGUGAGGAAAACCUCCUCCGAUCAUCCUCCAGAUCUGUGGAUUGUAAAAACCCUCCGUGUCUUCUUUGUGGAAGAAGAUGAGGACACUAUUUUGAAGCGAAACAGAGUCAGUUCAGUGCACAAGAGGAGCCACCUGGUCUGGUGUUUUAUUUUUUUUAGAUCUCAUUCAUUCUGACUGGAGCAACAUGCAGCAGCCUGAAACACAGCAGACGGCUCAGCAAACAGCCGCAGCAACUCUGGAUUCUGCAGGACUGUAUAUACGCAGAGGGAAGACAGCGCUGUGGGUGACCCUGUCUCUGCUGGCUCUGGCUCUGGUGGUCCUGACCGUCGGUCUCAUCUCGGCCACUCGCACUGACAACGUGCCCGUGUCUGGAUACUACCCCGGCAUCACACUCAGUUUCGGAGCGUUUCUGGGAAUUGUUGGCAUCCACCUGGUGGAAAACCGCAGACCCAUGCUUGUGGCUGCAAUAAUCUUCAUCAGCAUCGGAGUCAUCGCCUCGUUCUUCUGUGCCAUUGUGGAUGGGAUCAUCGCUUCGGAGUUUAUCGACAUACGGCCCUUGCAGGAGGACAUGUGUGACUAUUACAGCAGUGGAUCAGCAUACGUCUUCGAUAACUACUAUAAUGAGGUGACGUGCCGCUCAUUCAACAAAGCCUGCAAGAUAAAACUUAGGAGCAACACCUGCUACUGCUGCUACCUCUACAACUGCGACAACACCGAGUACUACCCCCAUUACUACGAGUUCACCGGUGUCAGCAGCUGCUGGGACGUGAUCCACCUGCACCGGCUGCUGUGGGCCUCCGUGGUGCUGAACGUGAUCGCCUUGUUCCUGGGCAUCAUCGACGCCGCCAUCCUCGGAGCGUACAAGGACAUGCAGAAGCCCACUCCUCAGGUUGCUCCGAGCCCUGCGCCACCGCCCCACAUCCUGUACAACCCAACCCAGCACAUGCUCUCCUACUCAGGCUUCUGCCCCCCUGGACAGGCUCUGCCCGCCUACCCAAACUACCCCAUACCCAUGCAGCACACCAGCAGCUACCAGGCCCCUGCUACCCCCCAGAUGAUCCCAGAAGGAGGCUCUGGCGUCUGCCCCUCUGAGGAGAGCCAGAGCCAGCAGCCCUCCCAGGCUCCCACCCAGCCACAGCCCCAGGGAGCCACCCAGGACCCCGGAGGCUACAUGCUGACACCCAACGCCCCCGCCCUGUACGGUUCCUCCUACGGACCCUUCGAGAAGCCUCCGCCGUACGCCUGCUGAGCGGCGGAGGAGGCGGAGGAGACAAGGGUUGGACGUCUUCACCUGGUUGAGGCUGAACGCAGCACAAGACUUUUUGUAGGCUGACUUUGUAGAGAGAACCCCCCCACACACA